AUGAACAGACGCAAAACUACACGUGGCAGCUCUACCCCUGCGCACACCCCCUCCCUCCCACUUCCCAAUGGGUCCUCCGCCCUCCAAUCCCGGGGCAUUUCCGAAAUCAACUUUGUGGGGGACUCUCACGUGCGAUUCCUCUUCCACCACCUCUACUUUCUCCUCACUGGCAAGGCCAAUGCUUCCACUUUUCAGUACCAUUGGGACAUUCAGUUGGUCGUGCCGCCCCCUAGCCCGGAGCUGCAGCCUCUGAAGCUCAACUUUUAUUGGAUCGGAGGGAUGUUUGUCAACGGGUCUUUUGGCUGCAGAAUUGAUUCAGUUGGAGCAUCAACGGCAGCAGCAGCAGCAGCAGCAGCAGCAGCAGCAACAGCAGCAGCAGCAGCAGCAGCAGCAGCAGCAGCAGCAGCAGCAGCAGCAGCAGCAACAGCAGCAACAGCAGCAGCUCCAGGGGCAGGUUGA